AUGACAGAUGCUAUUCCUGUGUCCACUCCUAUGGAGUCUGGUACAAAACUUGUACUACCAGACAUCAAUGAGGAAAAGCCAGAAUUACCAUACCAGCAGCUGAUUGGAUCAUUAAUGUACAUUGCCAUCGGUACGAGACCUGACAUUGCUCACACCGUAUCUGUCCUCAGUCAGUUCAAUGCACAUUACGGGGAGGUGCACUGGAGAGCUGCUAAGCGUGUUCUCCGGUACCUAAAAGCCUCAAAAGAUAAAAGACUCAUAUUCAAGAAAACUGGUGAUAUGAUUGGAUACGCUGAUGCUGAUUACGGCAGUAAUCUAGUCGACAGACGCUCCUAUACGGGGUAUGUGUUCCAGAUGAGCGGCUCAUCAGUGUCAUGGGAGUCACGAAAGCAGAGAACUGUAGCCCAGUCAACGACAGAGGCGGAAUACAUGGCCCUCAAUCUAUUAGUAAUAGAAGAGGCAAUCUCGAAGGCUGGACCGGUUGAGGCCUUCAUCCAUCACAUGACAUACGACUACCAUAGUGGAAACAAUCUCAGGAGGGUCACUCCACAGUUUUGA